AUGAAAUCCCAGUUCCCUGACCCCAACACGCAGCUGCUGCAAACACCAAGUGACGGAUUGAAACUGGACAUCCUCCACCUGAUCCCUGGCCCUGGGGGUGCUGGAUUGCCCAAUGGGCAGAGACAAGCAGCCCAGAGCCCCUUUGGGGGCCAAAGCUACAACUGGGUCUUCCGCCGGAAUCCCACGAUGCUCCGCAUGGUGCUGGAGGCGCUGAAGGCCAGGGAGCAGCCGCGGGGCAUGUCGCGGGGCAUGUCGGUGGUGGCCAUCAAAGUCUACAUCCAGAGCAAGUACCCGACGGCGGCGGACGCCGGGCGCUUCAAGUACCUGCUGAAGCAGGCCCUGGACACGGGCAUGCGGAGAGGACUGCUCACCAGGCCGGUCAACUCCAGGGCCAGGGGCGCCACCGGCAGCUUCAAACUGGUCCCCAAGUACAAGAAGAAAGUCCAGGCCAGGAAGACGUCGGUCCCCAAGGUCCCCAGGAGGCCCAGGGAGGCUGUUGGGAAGGGCUCCAAGAAACCAGGCGCGGAGCAGAAGGAAGCGUCCAUCUCUGGCCAGGCAUCGAGGACCGUCCCCAGGCCAGGGCCAGCCAACCAGAAGGUCCCCAAGAGAGGCCGCAGGGAGGCCAAGGACACCAAGGCCACCAAGCUUCCCCCCAAGCCAGCCAAGGCCACUCGGGCCCCUUCCAGUGCCAAUGGGACCAGUGAGAAGGGGAGAGCCAAGGGCAAGAGGCGUCAGCCAGAUGCAGAGGCUUGUGGGAGACCCAAGGUGAAGAACGCAAGCUCAGAGGUGAAGAACGCGGGUUCAAAGCCCGCUGACGGGCAGGUCAAGAGUGGAGUCUCCUCCCCACCCAGAAGGAAGAUGGCAGCCAAGACCCCUAAAGAGAAGGUUGGCCAGGGGCCUGGGCAGAGAUCAAGACCCAAAGCUGCUGCUGUCCCUCGGAAGGGUGAUGGGUCCACACCUGUCCCCUCAGCUGUGGCCAGGAAGACAGAGGCCCCCGAGGGCCUGAGAAAGCCCCGGCUGCCCACCAAGUCCCCAUCCUCCAAAGCACGCAGCAAGAAGGUGGAGGCCGAGAAGUAG